AUGGAGGAUCUCCUCGGUGAGGCAGCUGUGGUUGCCGAUCCGAAGGUACACCCGAAGUACAGGAAAUCCUGUGCGGAAAUCUACUUAGAGUUGAACGAGUUAUGCAACUUUGUCCGCCUCAAUUCGGAGGGCGCCAGAAAGCUUGUGAAAAAAUUCGACAAGUUCCACGGUACUGCGCACCGUGCUGAGUUCCUCGUCGGCUGUGCAGCUCUCUGUGAGAUGACCGAUAUGGUCCAAACGGAAGUCUUGCCUAUGAUAAACUCCAUUCAGAAGAGUUAUGCUGCGAGCUUCUGUGGUGGUGAUAAGGCAACUGCUGUGGACGAGUUGUCUCAAGCAUUAUCAGAGAUGUUGGUUUGGGACCGCGGUACGGUAUGGCAUGAUUUAAUAAGGCUCGAGAGGUAA